GGACUCGAUGCUCAAGCUCCUUCUCCCAUAGAACAGUUUGGUGCUCUAGAAGGAAAUGAAAUCGUUGAAGAUGUAAAGAUGCAAGUGCAGAAUGAAUGUCAGCAAGCUCCUAUCACAGGCAACCAGAUGGAAAUAAGCCGCGAGAGACACUAUCCAGGUGGCGAGGAUACCUGGAGUCCAAGGCUGGGCUUCGGUUUGCUUGCUCAGGCGUGUGGCUUUCUACCUCCACAAAUGUCUACAGCAGGAUGCGACGUCGACAAGGAUGAUAGCGAAACUCGACUACCACUAUCAGGGAACCCCUAUUCAUUAGAGGACGAAAAGCGUGCGAUGCAUAGGGAAGAUGCAGACAUUUCGAAUGCCGUACUCGAAGAGCACCAGCGUCGACUUUGCCGUGAGCGUCUUGUCAAUAACUUCAAGGCUGCUGUUAACGGGGGCAAAAAGGAUGCCAAUGAUGCACGAGCGGGAGGUAUCUUAAAAGACAAACUUCAGGUGAAGAUGGAAACCAGCCCCAAACCCAAAGGUGGUCCUCUAUUUUCUACUUGUAACGGGGGAAACUCAACCGGCGAGGUCAACAUGUCGUGGCAGCAAGACCACAAGGACAUGAUUGACGAAAAGGGUCCGACCGUGCUUUCCGGCACCUCGCAUUCCUCUUCUCGCGAGUCGUUUUCUUUGCCAAAUUUACCACUUUCAAGAUGCGGAUCUGAUAGCAUGACCUCAGGAGCUUCAACUGGAAUAAAUUUAGGAGCAUCUUCUGCAUCUGCUGGAGCUUGGUUAGAUGCGCGUGCACUGAAGAUCAAAAGCACUGAUCCGAAAAGUAUAGGCACGACAAGGGGUAAUUUGCCACCCGGCCAAGCCGAGCAUUUCGCUAUAGCUUCUCCGCCUUCAUCAUCGAGCAGUGGGGAGCAGAGUGCUGAACGCAAUCCAAUUUUCGGAGAUGCUGCUUAUGGUCGUGGUCAUCAUGAUUUUCGCAGUACUAGAGGAACAAGUAAUAGAACAAGCAGUCCCGACAUUUUCGUACAUGGUGGAGUGAACGAGCUAACGCGAGACGCGCACGGCAAUAUAAUCAAGCCUGCUUUCGCACUAAGCCCGUCACCAUUGAAUUCCUCGCCUGCGUCGUCGCAUGGUAAUCCUUUGGUUGACCAUUUUCCUCUUGUUCAAGAUCAUCUUCAAGUAGAUCAUGAACGUGUCGAAAUGCGUGUCGAAAAUGCGACCAUGCCUCAAGGUCUUGGUUCUUUUACUAGUGUGCCAUUUAUUCAUGUUCAUGAUGCAAGGGAAAAGGAAAGCACAGUACUUCUAGACAAAACAGCGACUUCUUCUAGACCUAGGGGUGGUUCUACUUCUACAUUUACCUCUACCUCUGGCUCAUCUGGUACAAGCAGAGACAAGGACAACUACACGAUUCUCCUUCUGCGACCGCCUGGGAAAGCGCUCCCACCUACAAGCAAAGAAGAAAUGACGCGCAUGAUCAUGAAGGAGAACAAAGAGCAGCGAGCUUCUGACGAAAAGCGCCUUGAAGACGUUGAUCGUGCGAAAGAUGUUUAUCUCUUUCCUGCUGUAGAAGUUAGGUCCACUCCUGUAGAAGUAGGAGAAGAAGGUAGUUGCGCUCAACAAAGUGAUCUGCUUGGAGUUGCUGGAGAUAAUGGCCAUGUUGUGCAUAGUAAGACGGUUCGUAAGUCUUCUACAACAAACAAAAUGCGGGGUGGAACAACAGGAGCUGCCGCUCCACCUAGUAGUACUGCUGCCUUAAGUUCGCCGUGCUUGUCGAGCCAAGUCACUCAGCGUAUUGGCGAACGCGUAAAAGCUCAACUACUUCAACAACAGACAACUUCUAGCUCACGUCAGGAAGAUGAACACGCUGUAGAAGGAACCGGCGUUGUUUCCUCAAGUCAAAAACGGAAGUUUCUACAUCUUGAACAAGUGGCGAAGCAAGAGGCUCAGUCCCUUCCGGACGACGAUUUUCACACUGCUGAUGAGGACUUAGAGGAUUUAGCAUCUUCGCAGCCACUACCGGACGAGCAGCAUCAUUCAACCACCAGCAGUACAAAAAAGAGUAACACUAAAACAAGUAAGAAUAAUAAAGUUCAUCAGCAUCAAGCUGUCCUUUCGAACAGUACCUCAGCGAAAAUGCGAGGUGGCUCAACACUUCAGCUGCCAUCUCCCGCCCAUCAGCCCUCACAGGCAACAAAUGAACAGAGUGCCGGACGAACUGGGUGGUUGUCAAGCAAAGCACGAGGACCAAACAGGGCAGUAGAAGCGGCGUCCGAUCCGCAAGCACAAGCAGCAACUUCUCUUGAUCCUGAAACGAAGCGGUAUUUUGAGAAGGAAGAGCAAAGAAUGAAACUCCUUAUGGGAGGGCAAGAAGCAAUGCAUCAUGGCAUACAACCUACAUCAACAAGAGGUGCCAUUAUUAAGGCUACCGUUGGAGCAUCCUCAGCUUCAUCCCUGGCUCUUUUUCUACUUAAAAAACGAGCCAAGGACGCUCUCGGGGAUGCGACCGCGGUAGCUCUAAUAUUAAGGGUUUCAGAUCAAAGCAUCAUCAAACUCCAGUGACUCUACUCCGGAAUAAGCAAAACACGAUGAUGAAGCAGGAGGGUCACCAUCCGGUACACGUAGAACAGUCAAGUGCCAUGGGUUCUGUUUCUGCGUUACCAUCUUCGAGUAAUGCUUCAGCAUCAAAUACGUCGGGAGCAGCACUUCAAGGUCUUUUCUUUGACCCUGUUCGUCAAGACUCGGUAGAAGCAGCUGCUUCAUCUCGUAGAGAGAGAGAUCCACUAACAGGAGCAUCAGAAAAUAUGAUCGACCAAGAACAAGUGGAACUGGAACAGCAUUAUCAGGAACAAGGAAGUGCAACUAAUCCAGGUGGUUAUUUUACAACAAAUUUGAGAAAUGAUUAUGAUAAUAGAGGAACUUCUGGAACAAGUACUAAAUCAGAUCAACGUCAGCAUCAAGAAUCAGGUGGAACAUCAAGCGGUAAAAACGGAAAUGGAAAUGUGAACAAUCUUCGCAGACCACCUACUCUGUCAGCUACUGCUGAACUACUGCGAACUCGAACAGCAGAGUUAGCAUUAAGGCUACUUACAAGAAAGCUCCCAUUUUCAGAAGCAUCUUGGUCCCUUUUUCAAAGGGAAAAGGAGAAUCAAGAUGAGUCCGAAGAUGGACGCGGUCUCUUUGUUCUAAUAGAAGGUCUCCAGUUUCAACAAUUGCUCGAUGAGCGCGGACCUUCCGCCGUUCAAGUGCCGGCUGCCGAUGCUAGGAACAAGCGAACAAAAACUGUCAUCCGACAAGGAGACCUCGAACGGAUGUUGCGCUUACAAGCUGGCGCGGACGAGCCAUCGCCUUCAUCUGGGGACAACUAAAACUACUUAAGUACGUUGUCUGAUUAGGAUAUGGAGGAAGCAUGAUGUUAUUGACGUUGUAAAAUGGUUGACAAGUAAAACAAAAUGAAUGAUCAUGUUGUUCAACAGAUUGAAUUAAUAGGACGAUAUUAACAUUAAGGGAACAAGAAAAAACUUAUGAAGAAGAUAGAAGCACAUGAACUGGACGAACACCAGCAUAUUACGGUUCGCAAUAUUGAGCACCCUAGAAAAAUAGAGAUGAAAAUGAAAAUAUAUCGUCUUAAUUUUUUUUCAUGCAGCAACGCUGAAGAAAUAUCAUAAGUUCUUGCUCUUGCGCAAAAGCAAAUCUAGAACGAUAAACGCUAGGAGUAGAUGAUUAUUAGCGAGAAUAUUGUUCUUCUCCCGCGCCUUGUUCUUGAAUGCUCAGCCGGAUUGAUUGUGAACGCGACGAGCUAGUACCAAGUACAAGGAACUAGAGCAUAAAAAACGCGAAUGCGAAAAUACCGGACAACAAAAACCUCGUCCGAAAACACAUACGCUAGGACUAUCAGAUAAUCAUCUAAAUGUAACGAAGAAAAAUGGAGGAUCCGAAGACCUCUAUUUGUUUCCAUCAAAGAGAAGACUAAAGAAGUACUAGCACAAGCUUAUAUCUGCGGGAGAAGAUUAAGGAUUUGAUGUCAUCAAUGAAUAUUGAUUACCUGACUCGGAGUUGUAGAUAAUCGCUAUCACGGAUGCAACGCGGCUAAGAAGAGGACCGACCACGCACAAAAAGUACUACUAGAACAAGUUAAUAGAUGAAUCGGACCGCGACCGCGUUGAUUUGGGGAACAAGGAAUUGCGCACAUAAUACGAAGGGUUCUUCUCCUGAGCUAGAUAAGAAAAUAGUCCUGCUUCAUCAUGAGCUCAGGGGCACGAUUCCUGUUAUACAUUCAUAAAAACCAGCGAGUACUAGAACAACAUGAUGAAGAUCGCCAUUAACGCCUUACCUCAUGCGUAGAAAAGAAGCAUGUGUGAAGAACUUCACACUGAAGUCUUCAGAAGGUGAUGAUGCUCCUGUGUCACUAGUUAAUAUCCUAGUUUUCUUUUCUUCUGGAUGGUUUUUCUUCUUCAUCCGGACUUAUCAAUUGUCGUAGUUCUUUUGGCCCUUCAUUCUAUCUAACACAGCCCAGCACUAGUACAAUAGCCUAGCUACUACUUCCGAACAUCAACAUCUCUCUUACGACCGAAUGAAGCCUCUACUUGUGCUUCUCCUUCAACAGCAAUAAAGAUGUAAUUUAGUUUUCUCGAGCCGAUUUUAUUUUCGACGACACAAUCUAGUUGACUUCCUCUUCAAGCCGCCGACGCCGUAAUAUAGUUCCUAUUUGACUCCUUUGUGCCUCUUUCGAUUUUUUACUUCGUUCUUGUCUGUGUAGUCACGCACUCCUAAUCAGAAACUAUCUGCAGUGCCUGAUCAUACGACUAUACGCAUUGGUACUUCUCGACGACAUAUUCAUCGCACUCUCAGCUUGUUGUGGUUGUGACAAGACAAUUACUAUCAUAUGAAGUUAUUGUUCCAGCACCAGCCUGGUGCCACCAGGACCAGCCAUUUGUGCCUACCGCUUCUACCACAUCGCAUACUCUAUUCCAUCAAAUUUCCUUCACGACAUUACAAUUUCAAGAGCGUGCGAGAAACCAGAAAGAAACCCUUUGAUAUUUGCUUGUUUCACGAAUUUGAAGAAGAUCAUAAUUCUUCAUUUUCACAACAUGUAAAAAAAUGAUGCGCAUUACAGUGUGCCCCUUCAGCUUCAUUGUAGCUGCUUGUUUACGCUCCGCCGGAU